UUUGGGUUGUCGGUUCUUGGGAAAUCUUCGGAUAUCUGGGACUCCAAAUCCAAUGCUAAGCAUUUUUAAAUCUUGGUCGGUCAAUGGGUAGGGGGCCAAGUCAAUUAAUUUAAGCUUCAAAAAGUUGGGACUAAAAUUUCUUAUUUUUUACAGUUAUUGUAUGGAUUUCUUCGACCGCAUUGCUUCCGAGGCUGGUGGACUCUCCCUCAUCAGUAAGAAACCAACUCUGUCUCUUCGAGAUAUGCAAAGUGCAACGAAAAUGGUUCUGCGUGGCGAGCUUUGUCUUCAUGCACUCAAUGAGGGCAAAAAGGCCGUGAAGAAGAUUGAGAUGGAAGGAAAGACGAAGGCUAAAUGA